CCGACAUUAAUUCAGUCGCCAUCUUUGCUUCAGCCUUUCAAUCGCUCCACGGAUUCGCGGGCGUUUCAUCGCCGUUUUUCAAUGUUUUGCUCAAAUAGAUCGUUAUUAUUUGUUGCAAAAGCCAAGUAAAUUUUUUCCUGUAUCGCGUGUAACAGUUCAGUGUAAAAAUGAGCUUUUUCGGGUUCGGACAAACUGCGGAUAUCGAAAUCGUUUUUGAUGAUGCUGACAAGCGGAAGGUUGCCGAAGUGAAAACGGACGAUGGCAAAAAAGAAAAGUUAUUACUUUAUUACGACGGUGAGACCGUUUCUGGGAGGGUGAAUGUGACGUUGCGGAAGCCGGGAUCGAAACUUGAACACCAAGGCAUCAAGGUCGAGCUAAUAGGUCAGAUCGAAUUAUUUUACGACAGAGGUAACCAUCACGAGUUCAUAUCGUUGGUAAAGGAACUGGCGCGGCCCGGCGACUUGCUGCAACACACCUCCUACCCUUUUGAGUUCGCCAAUGUUGAAAAACCGUACGAAGUGUACACCGGCGCAAAUGUCAGACUUCGAUACUUCCUGCGCGCGACGAUCGUCCGCCGCAUCACUGACAUUGUCAAGGAGGUGGACAUCGCCGUCCACACGCUGUGCAGCUACCCUGAUGUGCUCAACUCCAUCAAGAUGGAAGUCGGAAUCGAGGACUGCCUACACAUAGAGUUUGAGUACAAUAAAUCCAAGUAUCACCUCAAAGAUGUGAUAGUUGGGAAAAUCUACUUCUUACUUGUUCGGAUUAAGAUAAAACACAUGGAAAUAUCCAUUAUUAAAAGAGAAACCACAGGGUCCGGGCCGAAUACAUUUACGGAGAACGAAACUGUUGCAAAAUAUGAAAUUAUGGACGGAGCACCUGUUAGAGGAGAGAGCAUUCCUAUUAGAGUUUUUCUAGCUGGUUAUGACUUAACACCAACUAUGAGAGACAUUAAUAACAAAUUUUCGGUAAGGUACUACCUCAAUCUCGUAUUGAUGGACACAGAGGACCGUCGCUACUUCAAACAGCAAGAGGUAACGUUAUGGAGGAAGAGUGACAAGUCUAGGUUACCGCUGCACAAUGCACACAUCCCACAAACCCUUUCUCAUCCCUCCAACACGAUGCUGAGGCAACCAAGCGCCUCAAGCGAUGACAAUUCAACAAGAGCAGUGUCCCCCAUGAACCCAGAAAAUGCCAUGCAAAGGUCUAUUUCACCAGCCAUGCCCGAUGGAGAUAAACAAAACGGCCCCUCACAAAUGGAGCAAGAGAAACCUGAAGAAAUAACACAAAAGCUAUCCAACACACACAUAGAAAACAACCAAGAAAACGUAAGAGCUCAAGAACCACCUCAGGUGAAUGAGAAGCCACCCAUCGCAGAGAAGCCAGUUAUCGCGGAAAAGCCUCAGAUAUCCGAAAAGCCUGUAUUAAACCGACCCGAUAGUGAAACAAGUCAGAGUCAAUAGCCGAUAUGCACCUGCGCUGUCAACAUGAGCGGCGCUGAUGAAAUGAACUGUAUGUUUUCAUAUUUGAAGACAAUUGUUUGAAGGUGCCACACCUUUAUGUACAGAGAUUUAUCAAUUUCAGCAAUAAUGAAUGCAUACAGAGCUUAGUUUUGCAUAACCCAAGUGCACUAUGUGCCUAGCAUACAUCGAAACUGCACAUGUAGAGUAUAUAACCCUGAUCCAUUAGCACCAUCAUGAAACGCUUACUGCACGGUCCAUGGCAACAUAAUACCAUUGAAAUUGUAAUAAUGAAUUCACAUUGUAGAUAAUGCAGAUAAUGUAAAUGCGUGGACUGAUCGUCUAUACUGCUCUGUAUGUAGGGAACAUGCUGCAUAGCAUUUGUUUUUUCAUUGUUUACGGUAUCCGAAGACUGCGGUCAUUGUUUUAUUAGCACCUUAUCAGUUGUAAGAAUUCUUAAUCAUUGUAAAUGUGUGAAAUUGUUGACUAUAUUAAAAAUGUAAACUAUUCAUGAGAAUUAAUGCCAAUAUUAGAUUUGUGUUUUAAGGGCGUAAAUACUAACAAGCAUUGACUAUUAUCGUUUGGUAACACGAUUCAUGAAACCUCAACGUAUUUGGCUAUGACUAACAGUAUGCGACGUUUUAUAAUGAUGCGACAGAUCCGGUACGGCCGCAUACGCCCUCAACACUUAAGAUAAAGUACACAACAGCCCAUUGAAACAUUCUGCUUUUUAUGAUAAACUUUGCUUAUCAUUUUUUAAUGUUAUCGUUUGAAAUGGCAUUUUUAAAGUGGAAUGAUUCAUUGUAGGGGGCAGGCGUGUAGGUUCGUUUUCUAGUAUUGUUAGCGGAGAUCGUAAAACCCAGUAAAUUUUGAAAAUUUCGGCUUUGACCGGAUUACGUCCGCAGUCGUUGCGACAGAUUUCGCUAGGGAUCGGGAGGAUCAUUGUUCUAUAAUUCCGUACGGAGACAAUUUCAGCUCGCUUGUCAAUUAUAUUUUCCAGAGUGAAAGGAAAAUUAUCCCAUAAUGCAUCUUUUUUCGAUAUCUUGAUAAUUUCUUUUUAAAUUCGCCUGCGAGUUUCAGUAAAUCGGUGACAUACGUACUCGUAGUGAUAAUAGUUUGUUAUCAAAUUAUAUAAUGAGUGAACAUGAAAUGUAAAAAAUAUGUAUGCGUGCAUUAGUUUAAUUGCAGAAUAUAGUGCAAAUAAGAUAUUAAAUAUGUUUAUACAACACGAGUAAUUCGCGAGCUAUUUUUAAAUACAGUAAACAUCCUGCGGUUAUGGUAAUCGAAUAUUAGAUUGAAGGAUUUAAUAAAUUGAACAAUCUGCCGCGCCGAACCGCGCGCUGCUUUACGCCCAGUGCGUGUUAAUUUAUACCUUAUGCAAAGAUGCGUAGAGUUUCAUUUUGUUAUCGCUGUUAGUUCCCUUGUCUAAACCAGUCCUAACGCGCGUGAAGAACCGAAACGCUUUACCAUCGAUCAGUGAAGACCUUAAUUAGCUUAAUUAUGUAUCGUAAUGGACGUUAGUAUUUUAUUUCUAUUCAGAAUGACACUUGAAAUCUAGACUUAUAUUUUUCCUUGAUAAGGCUAAUUUGCAUUUGCAAUAAUACACAAUUUAGAUUAGUAUGUUUAUUGCAAACUAAAUACAUUACAAUAAAAACAUCAACAUAUUUUUGUAAUAUAUUUUUGUUUAUUCUAUUCGUUGUUAAGGCCGCAUUUACAUUAUGCGUUCGACGCGUGUUGCGUGGACUUGCCAAAUUAAAACGCGCGUUAACUGUCUUUUCUGAUGAGUUACUAUAAAAGAUAUUUUAUAGUAUCAAUAAUGCGUUCGACGCUUGCAGAACGAAGCGGACAUUAAUUGUAGAAAAAGUGGGCAGAUGCCUACUGAAAAAUAUAAAAAACCCAUGUUGGCGAUAACAAAAUGAAAUAAUUUUAUAUACAUUUGACAAAUGUUCGCGAAAGUUAUGUUUAAAUAUUAAAAUGAAACAUUGGUGUUGGUUAAAGUUUUUGAACAAAUGUUUUAUCCAUAUUAGGUGUGACAGAAUGUAGUGAAUAAUAAAAAAGAUAUUGUCACUACUGUGGCACAAUGUAGAUUAUCAGAAAAAAAAGUAUGUAAAUUACAUAUAUGUAUAUUAUUUGUUCUUACAAACUGAAUCUAUGUUAUUUUAAUACCGAUUAUAAUUGCUGAACAUGGAAAGUAACAAGUUCGAAAGUACGAUUUUAUGAUGAGUGCCAUUGUGUUAAAAAAAAUAGAUUGAUUAAUGUCUUGAUAUGUAUUAAAAAGGCCUCCACAGGUUUAUAAUAAAAUGUUAUUCAAGCUGAAAGUGUACCAUAUUUCGAUGUUUUUUUUUUUAUUAAUUCAAGGAACACGACAAUACAGUAUAAAAUGUGAAGUGAAAUUAUAAUUGUCUUAGCCUAUCGAACGAGGUAAAAAAAAUAACAAAAUAGUUAUGGCCCAACAAAGCAUCUUAUAAACUUCAGAGAUAAAUGAAUCUAAGACUAUAGUCUGUAAAAAAAGUAUAUUAAAGUAUGUAAUUGUCAUAGUUUAAGUUUUAAAAUACUGGCUGUGGAUUUGCGGUGAUAAAAAAAAGAAAAAAUAUCUAUGAUCAAGAAAUCUUAGCGAUCCACGUACAGCCGAGUAAUAUAGUUAAACAUUUUUUUUAUGUAAAUUAGAAUUGUCCAUGUUAUGUAUAACAUUAUUCUGUUAAUAACUAUUUACCGUAAAAUUGUUUGAUUUUAGUAUCUUAUUGUAUAAAAGAUAUCCUUUUUUUGUAAUGAGAUUAAGAGCGCAUGCUGAUUAUAUCAUAUUGUUAAUAAAAUAUAUGUAUAAAUCGCUGA